AGGUUCCACGUCCUUGAUCAAUAUAUAUAUACAAUAUGCAUUCAGCCAGAUGACCAUUACCAUUAAUUCGAUAUAUACCUGCAAAAUCAAUAUUCCGAUCCCUAUAAGUAAGGAGAUCAUGAUCAUGAUGAUAAGAUAAAUCAUACGAUAAGACGUUAGAACGUAUUCAAAUCUUAGUCAGAUUCUAUUGCUUAAGUUUAGCAGAUCCUCCCAACUGUCCAUUAUUAUCGAUCUGCACCCACUCCCCCUAUAUAUUAAGCCUUUAUUUCCCUUCUCGAAUUCUAACUAUUCACUGAUUCCAUCUGAAUCAAAAGUUAAUUAUAUUUCUCUUCACCAAUAAUGAAGUAGAUUUAUCAAAAAAGAAAAUCCUUGAUUUAUUAACCCUAAUUCUUUUCCUACUAGAACUGGUGUGUUUGUGUGUAUAUACGAUCUCCAUUGUUUAUUCUGGUCUUUUUGUCUUUCUUUCGCUUCUCUUUGUCCUCUCAUUGAUCUCAAACAUGUUUUGUCACCGUCUGUAUCUGAAGGAAGCUCGCACUGCUUACUUCUUAGUGAUUUGUUCUGCCUCAGUGUUCAUUUGAUUCUCAUGAUCAUUCGAUCUCAUCCAUUGUCUCACUAUUUGAUCUCCUCCAUUCUCAAACACACAAGAUUUCUUGCCUUGUACGUUUUCUUCUCGUUGUUUGUUUCUUGGGCUUUUGACGGUGGGUCGAGUUUUUUCUCGUCAAACAUGCCGUACGUUAGAUCGGAUCCGUCCGACAAAGACGCUGAGCCGUUCGUGGAGAUUGAUUCAACGGGACGGUACGGGAGGUACGGGGACUUGCUCGGUGCCGGAGCGGUGAAGAAGGUGUAUCGAGCUUUCGAUCAAGAAGAGGGAAGAGAGGUGGCUUGGAACCAGGUUUCGUUGAUAAGGUUCUUGGAUGACAAGGCGAUGUUGGACAGGAUACGCAAGGAGGUUUUUUUGCUGAGAACUUUGAAGGACGAUAACAUUAUUACAUCGUUCAGUUCAUGGAUCGAUCAAGAGGACAAAACGUUGAACUUCAUUACCGAGUUUUGUACAUCCGGAAAUCUGAGGGAUUAUAGGAGGAAGCAUCCGCACGUCUCGGACAUGGCCCUGAAGAAGUGGUCAAGACAGAUUCUGAGGGGUUUGGAGUAUCUCCAUUUGCAUGAGCCAUGCAUAAUUCACAGAGAUCUCAAUUGCAGUAAUGUUUUUAUCAACGGCAAUAAUGGGAAGGUGAAGAUUGGAGAUUUGGGAUUAGCAGCAACGACGGGGAAGGACCAUAUGGGACAUUCCAUUCUCGGGACGCCGGAGUUCAUGGCGCCGGAGAUUUACGAUGAGAAUUACACCGAAAAGGUGGAUAUAUACUCGUUUGGGAUGUGUGUGCUCGAGUUGGCGACAAUGGAAAUCCCAUACAGUGAGUGCGACAGUGUGGCCAAGAUAUACAAGAAGGUGACAUCUGGGGUGAAGCCUCGGGCAAUGAACAAGGUUAGAGAUUUGGACAUGAAAGUGUUCAUUGAGAAGUGCCUUGCGCCACAGACUGAGAGGCCGUCUGCCUCUGAACUCCUCGAGGAUCCCAUCUUUGCCGGAAUUGAUGAUGAAGAAAACUAAUGAUAUAAGCUUUAGAUCUUUGCUUUCAGUAGUGUACAGUAUAGUCAGACUUUGGAGCCGUUCCCUUGUACAUGUUUUAUUAACAAUAAAUUAAAGUUUGACGAUCUCAGUUGAGAAGGUUUGAAAAACCACA